UGUGCGCGUGUGUUGCAGAACGCGCCGCCUGCACGACGAGCUUGGCUGACUGCACAACCGCCACGACGAGGGGGAUAAGGAUCGUGAAUUAGAAGCGACCGACGAGCGUCCGAGUCCAUUCAGCAGGUGGUGCGGUGGCGGCGGCGAUCGAUCACGCCGAGCCUCUCUCUAUCUCCCCCUUCGGCGCGGCGCAAGCGCACCGCGCGCGAGAGCUUGCGAGCUCGUUCGACGCAGCAACCAUAUCGGAAGCCGGCACCGCUCUCUCCCUCUCGCUGCCUAGAUCGACGGAACGUAGAGGGAGAAAAAUCACCGCCGCCGACAUGACGAUUCAUGAGCUCGAGCCGUCGCCGUGCAUGUCCGCUCGCGGUGCUGGUGGCGCGGCUGACGACGAGCUCUCCAACAGCGACGGCCCACUCAUCGCCACCAAGAGCAAGGACGGCAACUCCAGGAGCAAGAUGAACUCUCCGGCGAUGCUGCUGCAAGACAAUUGGCACAAGGGCUACGCCUCUAAGGAGGACCGCUGCGCGAACGACGAGAAGAAGAGCCAUCGCUGCGUCUGGACGCUGAGCAUCGCGCUCGGCUUCGUUGGCCUCUGCAAUCUCUUGCUCAACUUGACUAUACUUGUCGUGCUCCGAGUUGGCCAGGGAAUGGAGUCGAUUGAGAUGAUUCCCGACGACAAUCUCGUUAAAUUCUACGGCAACACCGACCUCGACAGAGUGUGCUUGCACAGUGGUGUAUGCGAGGGUUUUGGAGACAAGCCAGUCGAGCUGAUAGGUGACGACGCCGGGAUUAGCAUUCAAGUGACGAGUCCGCAGCACAGUAUGACCUGGUCCAAUUUGCAAAUACUCAAGAAUGGUACCUCGGUCUCACAGGUGCAUUCGUUCCAAGUCAAAGAUCCGCGCAGCGGAUCGCCGGUCUUCUCCACUGACUUUCCCAACUUCAGUCUUCCGCAAGGUGUUGAAAAGAUAGAAGUGGACAUAACGCAGACGCACAGAAUUGCCGCGCCGAAGAGAAGCGACCUGACUGUGACAUCCGGCGAAGCGAUUUCGCUUCACGGAGCUGAAGGCACCAGUAUGGAUUCUAAAGACAUCAUGUUGGCAGCCUCGAAUGACAUUCUCUUGCGUAGUAAGAACGGCGACAUCAUCAUCGAUGCCAAGCAGAGCAUCAAUCUGCCGAAAAUUCCAAUCGCUUCGGUGAAUUUUCCGUCGAACGAACUACAGGACCAGUACAAGGUAUGCGUGUGCAUGCCCGACGGGAAAAUAUUCCUGGUGCCGGUGAAUAGGCCGCACGCCAAAAUAAACUGCGCCAAAGCUGUACGAUCGAUGGACACUGAUCCUUGCGCGGUAUAAGCUGCUUUGUAUUAGCAAUCAUGCUUGUUUGCUCACACAAUGACUCUACAUAUACGUGUCAAUUGUAUAUUUAUUUGACUGAGACUUUUAGAUUUAAAAGAAAACAUGUGCAAUAAACAUUUUUCUUGUUAAACUUUAGUGUUUUCUUUUUUCCAUCAAUGAGACUAGAUCUGUUAAAAAACAUUUAACAAUUUGUCACUCCUCUUUAAUUUGUGAAUUUAUUGAGUUCUAAUUAAUUAGCAGAAAUUGCUUAUUCAUAUUACAAAUAG